GCGCGGGCCCGGCCAGCACCGGGAUGUGCCCUCGGGAGCAGCCGCGGCGGAGGCUGCGCGCCCCGCGGGCGGCGUGAGCGCCUCCCGGCCAAGCCAUGGGCCAGACCUCGGUCUCCACGCUGCCCGAGCCGGCCGGCGUUGAUGGUUUGGACAAGGCUUCAAUUGCUAACUCAGAUGGACCAGCCCCAGGAUCCCAAACUCCACCCUUCAAGAGGAAGGGAAAACUCUCCAACAUUGGCAAAAUCUUUAAACCUUGGAAAUGGCGGAAGAAGAAGACCAGUGACAAAUUCAGAGAAACAUCAGCAGUGUUGGAAAGGAAGAUUUCGACAAGACAAAGCAGAGAGGAGCUGAUAAGAAGGGGAGUGCUGAAGGAAAUGCCUGAGCAAGAUGGUGAUGUAACAGUAAAUUUUGAAACUUCAAAUGGACACACCGUAGCCAUUGGUGAAGAAACCAUACAGGAAGAAAAUGUGGUAAAAGCCAGUGGAAAUAAUGGCACUUUAUCAGAGAAAGCAUCAGAAGGAAAAAAAGAAGAUCAGAAAGCUGGUUCCUCUCAUGCAAAAAAACUACCAGUCUCCAAGUCUUCUUCAUCACCAUCUCCUUCGUCCACAUCAUCUCAUCCCAAAGCCUCUAAGGAGACUUCCAGCAAAUCUGGCACAUCAGGGACUCCCAGGGGCAAGAAAAAACCUGGGAAACAGUCAGCCCCACGAACAGCACCAGACGGGGCUGCUUCCUCCCCCUCAGGUGCGACAGCCGACAGUUUGGAAGCGAAGGCAGAAAAACCCAAGCCUGAGCAAACUUCCAUAGUAGUUUUUGAAACGGAGAACGCAGACCAGUCAAGCAAGCUUGUUGUGCCCCCUCCUCCCACCGCUGCCCCUCCUCCACCUCCACUUCCACCUCCUUUUCCUGCUGCAGCUAGUCAGCCUGCUGGCUCCUCAGAUGCCCAGGAUGCGUCAGACAGCUGUGUGGCAGGGCCACGCAGCCCUGGGUCAGACACAAAGCCUCUUGUCCCGACUGAGCGUGGCACAGAGCAGAGUCUGAGCAGUGCAGCCCUAGGCAGCGCUCCGGAUGCCGGAGGAGAAGAUGCGGAAAGCUUGGCUACCAAAGAAGACCAGGAAGGGGAGGCUCCAGAUGAAGCAUUCUCUGAGCUAGUGGAGGAGGCUUCUGACGCUGCUGCCCCUCCUGAGAGUGAAAGCAGCAGAGAGAGCCAUGGCAGUGACUCGGACUCGGACGGGCCGAUCCUGUACACAGAUGAUGACGAUGAUGAUGAUGAUGACGAGAAUGCAAGUACUGAAAGCUCUUUGGCAAGUAAAAUUCGUCGUAGGGAUACUCUUGCUAUCAAACUUGGCAACAGACCAUCUAAGAAGGAGUUAGAAGACAAAAACAUCUUGCAGCGUACAUCCGAAGAGGAGAGGCAGGAAAUCAGACAUCAGAUUGGAACAAAGCUUGUGAGGAGACUUAGCCAGAGGCCCACAACUGAAGAGCUGGAGCAAAGAAAUAUCCUGAAGCAGAAGAAUGAAGAAGAGGAACAGGAAGCCAAAAGAGAAAUAAAACGUAGACUCAGUAGAAAGCUCAGUCUGAGGCCUACAGUGGCUGAACUUCAAGCGAGAAGAAUCCUUCGAUUUAACGAGUACGUGGAGGUCACGGAAUCUCCGGAUUACGACCGUCGUGCUGACAAGCCUUGGGCCAGGUUAACUCCUGCAGACAAGGCAGCAAUACGGAAAGAACUGAAUGAAUUCAAAAGCACAGAAAUGGAAGUACACGAGGAAAGUCGGCAAUUUACCAGGUUUCAUCGUCCAUAACUGUUUGACUACAUCCCAUAUUUCAAAUAACAAUUUUCUUUGGGGAAAUCAUUGCGUCCUGAAGACCUGAAAUUGCACUGGAACUUGACUGAGUAUGAGUGUGUGCUACAGCUUACCCUGAGGCUAAUGAAGAAAGUGGCCCUUGUCUUUGUCAAUGGACAAAUGAUUAGUCUAGGAGGAGAACCCACAGGAAGUGUUUGUCUGUGUCCAGACAAACCACGGUUCUGUGGCCAGCCCACACAGACAAGCCAGUGGACUUCUUUGUCAGAGCUCCACGAGUCAGGAAGUGCUGAAGACAAUCGCUGGAGAGCCUGCUGCCAGGAUAUCAUCGGGCUUCACGGGGUUGGGACUGAGGGUAGCAAAGAGGGAGGGGGUGACAAAAGAGCCGAGAGCUGGGGAAGAAAGAGACUUUGUCUGUCAGUCCACAGAGCUAAGUGGAAUGGAUGGAACUGCUCAACAAUGCAUUUGGCCAGUGGGAAGAAUUAUUUUUUAAAAGAAAGAGAGUGUAAGCAACUGUGCAUGUAGGUUUUUUCAGUGGCUGCAGCCUGUCUUAAAAAGAUAGCAAGCCAUAAGUCCUCAUGUCAUCUGUACUUUAGGAAGAACUAUAAUUUUCUUUGGUGCCAGUAAAUACAGUUGCCAGAAAUUAGUCCUAGGAUAACUCAACUGUCUUUUUUUAAAUCCCAGUGCGCAUGCUUCAGGAAAACACACGGAACAUUCAUACAGAACAAGUAAUAUAUUUUUUUGUUUUUUAAUGUUGACAUACUCGAUCCUCAGAGAUACAUAAACAGGAUUUGAAGAACAAAUAAUGUGACACUAUGAAUGCAAUGAAAUGCUUUGUGUUUAGAAACACUCCUUGCUGUCUGUCACUUGCCAUUCAAACCAUAGGGAUCAUUAUCUUUGUCCAUGGCAGGAAGUGGUGACAGCUUUGACAUCAUGCUAGAGUGAAUCCAAAGUCGGAAUUGAAAUUAGGCACAGAAGUCUUUAUUAAUAGGCCUGAGCAGUGAUUACUAAGGUAACUUUUUAUAUUUAAGGACUCUUGCACUGCGUUGAGGAAGAACUCCCAGACAAAUCAGUAUGUCUUCAGCUAGUGAUCCUUUAAAAGUGAAAGAAAAAGCCUUGGAGUGUCUCCAGCCUGUUUUUGUUGAGUGUGAAGAAUACUUCUUAGAUUCCUAACUUUUUUAUACUAUCUUGAAAUUGUACAUGUGAAUAGAGUACUAUUAAAAUUAAGUGGUAUGGAGUGUGAAAGGCAAUACAUGGUUUUUCUAAGUUGGCCCAAAGGCCUAUUAAAAAGCCUGUGGCAUUGUUUACACUAAGAAAUUCUCUGUCCUAUAUUAGCACUUAUUUAUCCUUUGAAUUAGUGUACACAACAUUGGGGGGGUGGGUCUGGAAUUCACAUAUGCAUACAUUUAAUGCAGUAUUACAAUAUAUUUGCUAUUUAUCCUUUCUAAUGUGUGUACAUAUUACAAUUUAUUUUUGUCUUUUAUGUGUCCUGUUCAGUUUUUAAUUAUGAAGUGUAAGUAUUUCUUUUUCUGGCAAUAAAAGGUCUGUGUAGAUGUGAUUUUUACCUCAGAACCUGUGAUAGAUUCUUGUGGAAUGUGUUUAGUUUAUAAAAUUGAAGGUUGGUGUUAGAGAUGUCAGCCUAAAGGCAGGAAGGCAAUUUGGUGGCUAAAAUUAGAUAUCCUUCUUUAGAGCUAUUUACAACAAGACCAGCUUUGCAUAAAUGAGGUGGAUUAUUUUAAUGAAGAGCACUUCUAGUAACAGAAGAGUGCUUUCCAACAGCUGUCACUCUCUGUCAUUCUAUUAUUUUUAAAGACAUUGGGAAAGCUUUUUUAAAAAAGGUAAGAUUUAAAUUACUGUUAGGAUCCAUUACACUUUGAUAGAAAUCUAGUGAUGUACAAGCCACAAAAUAUCAAUAACCAAAUAAAAAAAGCCAUCUACAUGCUUGUAGCAAAGAAAAGGAAGCAGCACCUUCCUUUUUUAAUGGAAUCAAUAAGAGCCAUUAGGAUUCCAUUUGCAGAAAACAAGCUUCUGGAAAGUCCAUCACUUUAUAAAUAUAGAAACACCACUUUGACAUCAAGGAAGCAGUGAAAAUGUAUCUUUGGCACUAAAUCAUACAGGAAUUAGCAGGACAUUAGGUUUGUCAGCAAUUCUGGUAGAAUGCUAAUUUUUAUUUUUAGAAUUUGAAGAGUAAACUCAAAAGUUACACUAGAAUAGUUCUGCUUAAACUUUUUUUUUGCUGAUGUUGCCAAAUUUAGGAAUGUGUGUCCAAAAUCAUAAAAAGGUCUACUAUGUUGGCUUUUAAAUAUAAAACACAGUAUUUCACUUCAAAGAAAAUGAGUGGAGCAAUUAAAUAGAUCUCAGUGUUGCAUUAAUCACGUUGAAACAUUUGAAAGCAGCCAAGAUACUGAAGGCAGAAAGACAGCUGUUAGACAGGCAGCAUAACUCAGACAAAGGUAAGGUCAGACUAUAAAUAUUUUAUAUAAGACAGUAGCUCCACCACUAUGCCAAGGUACACACAGGUUACACAAGCAAAUUAAAACUUGUUAAACUCUUAGGAUGAAGUAAAAAAUUGACUUUGCAAGAAGACAUUCCUCUAUACUAGGCCUGGACCAUGGAUGGAAAGUCAUGCCAACCUUAUUAAGAAUAAUAACACAAAGAUGAGGAUAUAACUUCUGGCUUAGACGUCUUCAAGCUGAAGUUAUGUCAUAAGAAAUAAAGAUGUGUAGGUGAGGUAUUACUUAGGCUUUCCCUGUCUUCCUUCUGGGGUUGGAGGGGUUUUUUUUAAGUAUUCCCUCCAAGCCAUUUCUAGUAGCAGGACUCUAGCCUUGGUAGAGAUGCUGAGUUAAUUUUUAAUUUCUUGCUAUUUUGAUAAUAAUCAGAUGCAUUGUGUGCCCCACAGUUCAGCAAACUCAUUAAGCACAUUUAUGUAACUGGACAAAAAGAAUUACCUUUAUGGGAACUUAUGUAAAAUCUUAUGUAGUAUACUAUAUAAGAUUAUUAUAAGAUGUAGCAGAAUUAGAACUACACACUAUCUAUAGUGUAUUGUAUCCACACACAGACAUAGAAUUGUAUAUACUAUUUUUGUAUUCUAAAUAUCACCUGGCAGAAAAGCAACAGCUGUAACGUAUUGUCCAUGAAAAAAAAUAAUGAGAAUUUGGUAUGUCACCAUGUGCAGUGAAGAAAGUUUGCUUUAAGAAGCCUGAAGUCAAUUUCUGCUGCCUCUCCUAGAUGUCUGUAUUGAUAAGUUCAAAUGUUCUCCAGUUGCAUCAACAACCUAUUGGAAAUAUUACACCAUAUACCUGCUUUGGUGCAUGCCUUCUAGAAGGGAAAAAAUCAGGGUAAGUCCUGAGAAAUUAAUGAGUUAAUAAUCCUAGGCAAUAGGAUUUUAAUUAUUAACUCAUUUUUUUAAUGAGUUAAUAAUCCUAGAGUUAAAAAUAAAAAGAUGUUAAACAGGCAAAGAAAAAAUAGCACUUUUCAUGCAAAGUAUAGUACAGUGCAGUUGGCUAAGAGGCAUUAGUAUGAUAAUUUUUAUCAAGUUGGAUGAAUCAUUUAAAUGUUAUGCACCAGAUAUGACAACCUUACACACAUGAUACCAAUGUUCCUACAGAGUCAGGUAUGUCUACAUCCACAGAAAGGAAAAUGAGCAGCUUGAAGUAAUGGCUGCUGAAAUUAUCUCACAUAUAAUAUUUAUCAGUAUAAUUACACAUCACAGCAUGUUGCUGUGGGUGCAAAAGAAUGGAUGCUUAAUCAAAUCCUAAUUUCUUCUUCAUAUAAAAAAUUGAAAUGGUUCUAGAGUGUCUCGCCUCUCUCUUCUUUCAGGUAAUACAUAUUAGUCUUUAUAACUCAGAUACGGUCUGUCUGGAUUUUUUUUUUAUUGUGCAAUAUAUGUUGACUCAACAAGUGCCAAAAAAAAAAAAAAAAAUUAAAUGCUAAUGAUUAUUUAAGCUAAUACCAUUUCAGCUGGUGAUUUGAAACAUGUUAGGACCAGAAGCAACAUCUCUUCAAAGUCACUGUAAGUACUCAUAUAUUUGUAGUUCUACAAGACUGCAUUUAUUUGUUUGGUUUAUUAUUUACAUACAGUUGUGCAUGUCCCUUGCUGUGGUGGACUGGACCGACCUCUGAUGUGGUGUGGGGCAGGACAGCCCCACCAUCUGCUUUGGCCAACCUGAGCACCUCUUAGAGAAGCACCACAACCUUAGUGCUGACAUGGAAAAACCACAUCACAUAAGCACCCAUUUUUUACCUUGAAAGCCAAAUGAAAGCUGUGAAACAAAGGUAUGAAGUAUCCCUGAUAUUAUAGAAAUUAGACCCCUCCUUCCAGGUGAAGCGAGUGCUUGGUUUCCUGCAGAGAUGCUUCAAACUCAGACCUGUAACUAAUAAUGCUACAGCUACAUGAGAGAAUUUGUUUCAAAUUAAUAGUUGCUUAACCUGACUAUAAACUCCAUCUGAGCCCCAAUUUUGUAUCAUCAUAAAGUACUAAAAGAUCCAGCCAGCAACAGACUAAAAACAUCUAAUCCAGUCUGACAGCCUGGGAAUCAACCAAAACUCCCUGACUGUCUGCAGCUGGCAGGGCUUCGAGUCAGGGUAGGUAGAGCCACACUGUCACUGGGUACUCGGCAGCACAGGCCUGUGUGAGCACUGCUGACAUCCUAAGCAGAGACCAGAAUAUUGGCCCAUGUCUUAAUGUCUGUUGAUGCUUUAACGACAAAGCAAACCAAGCUAAAAGCCUACAUUUGCAUGAGAUUGUCAGGUGCACGUGAAUGGUGUGUUUAACGCUUUCCCAUCCUCUGGAUUUAAUGAUCUUCAGGAGUUAAGACCUGUGCCAUUGUUGUAAACUAAACUGAAAAUAUACUCAGGGUGAAAAAAACAAGUGUGAAUAAACUUGCCUCCUGCCUUUAGGAUCUUCCACAUUUAGUACCAUUGUUGUUGCUUGCUGUAGUCUUAUUAUGUCAAGAUCAGUGCAAUAUUCACUGGUGGGUCAUAGAUUAUGAUGAAAAUAAAAAUAUAUAUUCUGAAAGAUUUUAUAAGGAUGAUACAAAACUAUUUUGAAGGUCAAAUUAAAAACAAAACAAAACAAACAAAAAAAAAGCAGUUCCCAGAAUAGCUUAAAACUUCUAUUUAACAGAAAUCUGAAAAAAAACCACCAAAACUUAGGAAACUGUAUCUAUAGAAAGAAAGGGAGAAAUUGAGUGAAAUUAACAUAUAUUUGCUGUAAUGUUCAAACAGGUUUAUAUUUAUUAACUCAAAUAAUUAAUAAGGUCUUGUUUUACUUUGUGUUCCCAUUUCGUUUCAAGAUUUUCAUGGAAAUAAAGCUUAUAUGAACUAGAUACAACAUCUCACCAAUAUUUUAUAGAAGCUACAUAUUGCAUUGGAUAGAAACAAAGAAAGCAAUGGUAUUAUCUGUAUCUUCUUGUUUAAGCAUAAAUUCUUUAUAUUAAAAACAAUCUUGCAAUACUAUGUCAAAUUUAACAAUAUUUGAACAUUGUUAUGAUAUAGUAAAAUGUUAAAACCUUGUUAAACAUAUCUUCCUUUCACUACUUUGUGUGGUGGUACAUUGAUUUGUAAACUUGUACAAAUUUUGGAAUUAAAGAAAUACUGUGUUUUGGAUUAUUA